CGUCACUUGGGCCCCCCUGGCUGGGACCGAGGGCUCUGCAGAUUACCCGGGGUGCCCCCACGCUGUAAUUUCACCACCAGGACAGCUGAUUUCUAGCGGGGCGGAGGGUCACUAAGCAAUACGAAUGCUGGUCGCGUGCCUGCUCAGGGAGAGUAAAACUGGCUUAAGUCCGUACCCACGUUCCGGGCUUGGAUCGUGUCCUCCGGGAGGGAGCAGGGUAACAGUUUGGGAAGGCCUUGUGAGAAAGCAUGCUAAUUCCAUUUUCAAUGAAGAGCUGCUUCCGGUUACUUUGCCACCGUAAGGUCCCAGCAGCUGGCUUUAAAAUCCCAGCCACACCUGGGCUCAUUUUACAAUCACUCUCUCAUGAUGUGUAUCAAAAUCUGGCUAUAGAAGACUGGAUCCAAGACCAUAUAAAUCUGGAAGGCAAGCCAAUUCUUUUCCUGUGGAGAAACUCUCCCUCUGUUGUCAUUGGUAGGCACCAGAAUCCGUGGCAGGAAUGUAACCUCCAUUUGAUGAGACAGGGCGGAAUAAAGCUGGCUCGGAGGAAGAGUGGAGGCGGAACAGUGUACCAUGAUUUGGGUAACAUCAAUCUCACCUUCUUUACCACCAAAGCCAAGUAUGACAGAAUGGAGAAUCUGAAGUUAAUCGUCAGAGCUCUAAAUGCUGUCCAACCGCAGCUGGAUGUGCAGCCUACGAAGAAGUUUGACCUGCUGCUGGACGGGCAGUUUAAACUCUCAGGGACUGCUUCGAAGAUCGGCCGGACCGCCGCCUACCACCACUGCACCUUGUUGUGCAAUACUGACAGGGCGGCCUUGUCGUCUCUGCUGAAGAGCCCGUACCACGGGGUAAAGAGCAAUGCCACUGCCAGCAUCCCUGCCGUAGUCAAAAACCUUGGGGAAAGAGACCCCACACUGACCUGUGACGUUCUGAUGAGCGCCAUUGCUGCAGAGUACGCUGACCAUCACCAGAUUGACAACCAUGUUAACCUAAUAAACCCCGCAGACGAGACGGCAUUUCCCGGAAUAAACAGCACAAUCAAAGACCUGCAAAGCUGGGAGUGGAUAUUCGGCCGGACUCCCAGGUUUAGUGUGAACACCACAUUCCAUGUGCCGUACGAGCAGGCACAUUUGGAAAUUCAAGUGUUCAUAGACGUAAAGAAUGGACGAAUUGAAACCUGUGACAUUAAGGCACCUGGCCACUGGCUGCCACUGGAAAUAGGUGACAAAUUAAACACAAGCCUUAUUGGCAGCAAAUUCUGCCCCACUGAAACCAGCCUGCUAACAAACAUGCUACUGAGGACAUGCCCAGACGACCAUCGUUUGCACAGUCGAUGGAAUAUUCUGUGUGAGAGAAUCCGGGGGAUAAUGUGACCCUAAGGGACUCACUCUCUAGUGACAAUUUCAGUAAGAAAAUUAUAAAAGUAUGGAAUUUAUUUAGUGCCUGUUAAAGAAAUAGGGGUGCCAGAUUUGGCUUGUCUGGCCUGAGAUGGCGGGUUACUAGUUUCUGCUCCUCAGUUUUUGUCACAAACUUUGACUGAUGAUUUGUUAAGGGUUGAGGCCUUCAGACAUGAGGCUUUCUGGCCCCCAUCUUCCUCAGCAUUUCUCUUUUCAUUAAACUUCAAGGAAGAAACCGUGUCCCUUUCCUCAAAGCUAACCUCCUACCUGGAUUGUGUCCUCUCCUGUUUGUGUUUUGGCUUGUACCAUUGAAUUUUUUUUUAAAG